AUGCAAGAGAAUUCGACCGAUUUUCCUCGUGUUUGCUGCGCUACCAACGGAUUGCAAGAGGAACCCAUCCUCUGUCAAGAUGCUACAGAACUUGAUGCUUUAAUCUCGACAAUGAAAGAUCUUAUGGUCGAACAUGUAGACAAUAGUAGAAAACCCGACGCCUUUGUAAUCGACUAUAAAUCCCCCGAGGAAUUGAAAAAACUUGUGGAUCUCGAGCUGUCUGAAGAAGGCAUUGGAAUUGAUGGCCUCAUGCCAUUGUUGCAAAAUGUCUUGCGUUACAGUGUGAACACCUGGAAUCCGCGGUUCAUGGAUAAGCUCUAUGCUGGGACCAACCCUGUUGGAGUCAUAUCAGAGAUGUUGAUCGCGUUACUUAAUGCUAAUUCGCAUGUGUACCAUGUAUCUCCUGUGCUCACUCUGAUAGAGUGUGCAGUCUCUGCAAAGUUGGCAAAGAUGCUGGGUUUAGGAGAGAACAGCGGAGGGAUUACUUGCGCUGGUGGAUCAUUUUCCAAUCAAUUGGCGAUGAUAACAGCACGUAACCAUAUGUUUCCAGAAAUCAAAGCACAAGGAUAUAAUCAGUUUGGCAAGAAGUUAAUAGUUUACACAUCUUCGGCUGGCCAUUAUUCAAUUGUUAAGACGGCAAUGGCUCUCGGACUAGGUUCUGACAAUGUCGUCAAAGUCUCAUGUGAUGAUGAGGGUAGAAUGAAAGUAGACGAUUUGGUGCGCUUGAUAAAUCGAUCGAUUAGUUUAGGAGACACACCAUUUUUCAUAAACGCUACCGCUGGAACCACAGUGCUUGGUGCAUUUGAUCCAUUGCGCCCUAUUGGAGAAAUAGCAAAGCGAUAUAACAUAUGGUAUCAUAUAGACGGUUCCUGGGGUGGUAGUCUGAUAUUUUCCGAGAACAAAAAGCACUUGGUAGACGGUAGCGAAAUGGCCGACACAUUCACUCUGAAUCCUCACAAGAUGCUCGGUGCACCUCAACAAUGUUCCUUUCUAUUAGCUCGUGAUCAUCGCAUUUUUGCUCGUUCAAAUAGUCUGGGUGCCGGAUACCUGUUCCACGGAAACGAGUAUGACUUGGGAAACGGCACAGUUGGCUGUGGCAGAAGAUCGGAUUCCGUGAAAUUCUUUCUAGGAUGGAAGGUUUUCGGAAUUAGAGGCUAUGAAGCACGCAUCGAGCAUGCAUUAAAGAUGGCAAAGUACCUUGCUAACCUAGUAUCCAAUCAUCCGCGAUUCCGACUAAUCAUAGAGCCGCCUAGUCUUCAGAUAUGUUUUUGGUACAUACCCGAGGGAUUACCUGUGGAGCUCGAAAAGAAAGAUUAUAAUCAGUAUAAGAGCAAAUUGUCUGAGAUUACAAAGGAAAUUCAUCGAAGAAUAGUGCAUAGGGGCAGAUUUCUAUUUGAUUACUCUCCUUUGACACUAGGACGUUUAGAGUUGCCUUUGUUCUUUAGGGUAGUUGUAAAUGCCCCUUCUGUUAACGAGGCUCAUUUAGACGAACUUAUUGAAGAGAUUGAGAGUAUGAGUGCUGGAAUUUUAGAGUGGCUUGAGGGAGAAUCUAUGAUUGUUGAUGGGAAUAUGAAUGGAAAGCCGGUGAUGGCGAAUAUUGAUAGAGCCUCAAGCGUUAAUAAUAAUAUUUGUGUUGUAAGAGAUGGGUUUAUCGAUAAGUAA